GAAGGUGGAGACAGAAUCAGAGAUGAGCGAGAGAGGGGAAAUGGUGAGGUAGGGGAGACCGUCCAAGAGUGAGAGAUGGAGAUACAAACUGAAAGAGACUGGCAGACCGAGUGGUAGUGGGUAAAGACAGGAGCCCUGAUAUCCCAAGCCUGAUAUUGAUUUAACAUCUCCUUGGUACCACACACCGUCCCAUUCAUUCAUUCAUAUAAAUAGAUAAAUCGUAUUUAUUGAGCACUUACUGCGUACAAAGCACUGUACAAAGCGCUUGGGGAAAUAGGAGAAAAUAGAAGGAGGAUAUUAGGCCUUUGCCCUCAAGGAACUUCCAGCCUGCUUUGAGAGAGAACCUCAACAAAAAUGUCCCGGAAAACAGAUAGUGGUUCCCUGAAGUGCGCAGAGAUUGUGACUGAUGGUGUAUGUGAGAUCAAGAGGAGGUCACGGAAAGCGAGAGGCUUGGGAUCAGGCCAAGCUGAAAGACAAAGCUACAGACAGAGGCAGAAGCAGUGCUACCAUGGCCAGAGCCAUGAUACAGUGAGGAGCCCCGACUGCAGAGAACGAGGAAACCCUGAGUCCAGAGCCAAGCCCGGGAUUGUUGACCGUCUGUUUCUGGGCCCUGACAUUGGCUGAGCUGGGAGCUGUGGUGGUCCCAGCGGCCGCCCCCCGAAGCCUGGGGCCGGGAGCCGGUUGGAGAUGUGAAGUUGUCCACCCUGCCAGGAAGGGGCAAAGAGGAAGGAGCGAGAGGAGCCCAUGACCCAGGCUAGCCACGCCAGCCAUGUCAGAGUCAGGGAGCCGGGAUCGCGGUAGGGAGAGCUGUGAUCGCGGCCGGGAGAGCCGGGAUCGUGGCCGGGAGAGCCGGGAUCGUGGCCGGGAGAGCAGGGAUCGCAGCCGGGAGAGCAGGGGCUACAGGCCCCAGCCCGAUGCGGACUCCUGGGACUGGGACUGCCUGGAUACGCGGAGGAGGCUGGAAGAAGUAUUCUUCCGGGAGCAGGACUCCGUGCGCGCGGGCUCCGAGGACUGCCGGCAGUUCUGGGCCUUCUUUGAGCGGCUGCAGCGGUUCCGGGCCCAGAGGCGAGAGAGGACUGAUGAGGAGGAGGGAGAAGGGGAGCAGCCCGCCCCGGGCCAACCCGACGCCCGCCACCCCGCCCUGGCCGACCUGCCCCGGACGUACGACCCGCGCUACCGCAUCAACAUGGCCCUCCUCAGCGGUGGCGAAGUGGAGGGCCGGGGUGACCGGAGGGCGGCGACCGCAGGCGUCCCCCGCGAGAGGCUGGCCGAGUUCCGCCUGGCCGUGCUGCAGUAUCUGGACUUUACGCAGAAGCAGAGCCUGGCCAAGCUGGCCAAACUGCAGAGGGAGCGGGCAGCCCUGCCCAUCGCCCGCCUGGCCCCACGGCUCCUCAGCGUGCUGAGGGAGAACCAGGUGGUGGUGGUGGCCGGGGACACGGGCUGCGGCAAGUCCACCCAGGUGCCCCAGUACCUCCUGGCUGCCGGCUUCAGCCACGUGGCCUGCACCCAGCCCCGGCGCAUUGCCUGCAUCUCACUGGCCAAGCGCGUGGCCUUUGAAAGCCUCAACCAGUACGGCUCGCAAGUGGGCUACCAGAUCCGCUUCGAGAGCACUCGCUCGGCGGCCACCAAGGUGGUGUUCCUGACGGAGGGGCUGCUGCUGCGGCAGAUCCAACGCCAGCCCACGCUGCCCCAGUACCAGGUGCUGAUAGUGGAUGAGGCCCACGAGCGUCACCUGCACAGCGACUUCCUCCUGGGCGUCCUGCGCCAGCUGCUGCCCACCCGGACCGACCUCAAAGUGGUGCUCAUGUCGGCUACCAUCAACAUCGCCCUCUUUUCCGCCUACUUCGGCCAGGCGCCCGUGGUGCAGGUGCCCGGGCGGCUGUUUCCCAUCUCGGUCAUCUACCAGCCGGUGCCCCAGGAGGAGACGUCGGCCCGGUCAGACAAGCUGGACCCCCGGCCCUACCUGCGCGUGCUGCAGGCCAUCGACCACCGGUACCCGGCCGACGAGCGAGGCGACCUGCUUGUGUUCCUGAGCGGGAUGGCCGAGAUCAGCGCCGUUCAGGAGGCCGCCCAGACCUACGCCACCCACACCCAGCGCUGGAUCGUGCUGCCGCUCCACAGCACCCUCUCUGUCGCCGACCAGGACAAGGUUUUUGACGUGGCUCCUCCCGGGGUCCGGAAAUGCAUCCUCUCCACUAAUAUCGCCGAGACCUCAGUCACCAUCGAUGGGGUCCGCUUCGUACUGGACUCAGGCAAGGUGAAGGAGAUGAGCUUCGACCCCAAGGCGAAGCUGCAGCGACUGCAGGAGUUCUGGAUCAGCCGGGCCAGCGCGGAGCAGCGUAAGGGCCGGGCGGGGCGCACGGGGCCCGGGGUCUGCUACCGCCUCUACGCCGAAUCAGACUACGAUGCCUUCGCCCCCUACCCCGUGCCAGAGAUCCAGCGGGUGGCCCUGGACGCCCUGGUGCUGCAGAUGAAGAGCAUGGGGCUGGGGGAUCCCCGCACUUUCCCCUUCAUCGAGCCACCGCCCUUGUCCAGCCUGGAGACGGCCGUGCUUUACCUCCGGGACCAGGGAGCGCUGGAUGCCGCAGAAGACCUGACGCCCAUCGGAAACCUGCUGGCCCAGCUGCCGGUGGAUGUGGUGAUCGGAAAGAUGCUGAUCCUGGGCUCCCUGUUCCAGCUGGUGGAGCCGGUGCUCACCGUGGCGGCUGCGCUGAGCGUCCAGUCCCCGUUCCUUCGCAGCGGCCUCUCCAACCCGGACUGCGGAACUGCCCGCAAACCCCUGGAGAGCAGCCAUGGUGACCCCUUCACCCUCCUCAACGCCUUCAACGCCUGGGUGCAGGUGAAGUCCGAGCGGGGCUCCGGCUCCGGCUCCAGGAAGUGGUGCCGCCGCCGCGGCCUCGAGGAGCAACGGCUCUACGAGAUGGCCAACCUGAGGCGCCAGUUCAAGGAGCUGCUGUGGGACCACGGGCUGCUGGCGGACUCGCGCCCCACCCCGGCAGACAGCUUCAGUCGGCAGCGCCAGCACCGAGAGCGCCAGGAGCUGCGGCGGCUGAAGCGGCGGCACGAAGAGGGCGAGGGGCGCCGGCGCAGGGUGCUGCCACUCCCAGGCCAGGAGGAGGGCUCCUCCUCAGGCGAUGACGCCGCUGAGGGCGACGCCCGGGAAGGCGGCGCCGUGGACAUCCAGGACGUCAAAUUCAAGCUGCGCCACAGCAUGGACGAGCUGCAGGCAGCCGCCAGCGCCGGCCGCGAUCUGUCCCGGGACGAGCUGGCCCUGCUGAAGCUGGUGCUGGCCAGGGGCCUCUAUCCCCAGCUGGCCGCCACAGACCAGUUCAACAGCUGCCGCAAGGACUCCGACCAGAUCUUCCACACCAAAACCAAGCAGGGGACCGUCCUCCACCCUACCUGUGUCUUUGCUAGCAAUCCAGAGGUGCUACAGGUGAGCGGAAGAGACACUGAUGACCGAAAGAGUGGAGACCGGAGCGAUGGGAAGAGCAGCCAGCACCAGCUCCUGGCCUUCGUCUCGCUGCUGGAAACCACCAAACCAUACCUGGUCAACUGUGUCCGUGUGCCGGCCCUGCAGGCUCUGCUGCUCUUCAGCCGCUGCCUGGACACGAAUGGGGACUGCUCGCGCAUCGUGGCGGACAGCUGGCUGGAGCUGGGCCUGGACGGGAGCGAGGGUGGUCUCCAGCUCCUCUCCGUGGCGGUACAGCUCCGCUCCCGCUGGGAACAGCUCCUGCAGCAGCAGCUGGCCCGGGGCAAGCGGGAGCCAAGGGACCAGGAGGCCUCUCCACGGGCGGAGCGGCAGGAGGUGGCUGCCCUGACCCAGGAGCUGCUGCGCUUUGGGAAAACCAAGGUGCCCUACCGCCUCCGCCGCCUCACCGGGCUGGAGGUGCAGAACCUGUACGUGGGGCCCCAGACCGUCACCGCCGCACCCCAACUGUCGGGCUUGUUCGGGGCCGCCGCCCUGCAGCCCCACGAGACCAAGGGUGGCUUUGCCAUCAACGACUACCUCACCUACAACUGCCUCGCGAGCGACACGGACCUGUACAGUGAGUGCCUACGCACUUUCUGGACUUGCCCACACUGCGGCCUGUACAUGCCCUUCACCCCCAUGGAGCGGCUGUGCCACGAGAAUGCCUGCCGGCCACCCGAGGACACCCCGCCUGACACGGGGGCCCCGCAAGAGUCCACUGGCAAGGCCACCGCCCUGCAGAGACCGUACCGCUGCGAGAUCUGCCGGCAAGACCUCUUGCUCACCCCCACGGACAUCCUCCGACACCGCAAGAUGCACCAAUGAGGUAACUGAGGCACAGAGAAAUGAAGUGACUUGCCC